GGCGGCGGGCGCGGGGGCCGCGCUGCUGCGCGAGCCCGUGUACAACUGGCAGGCCACCAAGCCCACGGUGCAGGAGCGCUUCGCCUUCCUCUUCAACAACGAGGUGCUCUGCGACGUGCACUUCCUGGUGGGCAAGGGGCUCGGCUCGCAGCGCGUCCCGGCGCACAGGUUCGUGCUGGCCGUGGGCAGUGCUGUCUUCGAUGCCAUGUUUAAUGGUGGCAUGGCCACCACCUCCACCGAGAUCGAGCUGCCUGACGUGGAACCUGCCGCCUUCCUGGCACUGCUCAAGUUCCUGUACUCGGAUGAGGUGCAGAUUGGGCCUGAGACCGUCAUGACCACACUCUACACUGCCAAGAAGUACGCGGUGCCCGCGCUCGAGGCCCACUGCGUAGAGUUCCUGAAGAAGAACCUGCGGGCCGACAACGCCUUCAUGCUGCUCACGCAGGCGCGCCUGUUCGACGAGCCCCAGCUGGCCAGCCUGUGCCUGGAGAGCAUCGACAAGAACACAGCUGACGCCAUCACCGCCGAGGGCUUCACCGACAUUGACCUCGACACACUGGUGGCCGUCCUGGAGCGGGACACCCUGGGCAUCCGGGAGGUGCGGCUGUUCAACGCCGUUGUACGCUGGUCUGAAGCUGAGUGUCAGCGGCAGCAGCUGCAGGUGACACCGGAGAACAAGCGGAAGGUGCUGGGCAAGGCCCUGGGGCUCAUCCGCUUCCCACUGAUGACCAUCGAGGAGUUUGCUGCAGGCCCCGCGCAGUCCGGCAUCCUGGUGGACCGGGAGGUGGUCAGCCUCUUCCUGCACUUCACGGUCAACCCCAAGCCACGCGUGGAGUUCAUCGACCGCCCACGCUGCUGUCUUCGCGGCAAGGAGUGCAGCAUCAACCGCUUCCAGCAGGUGGAGAGCCGCUGGGGCUACAGCGGGACCAGUGACCGCAUCAGGUUCUCAGUCAACAAGCGCAUCUUCGUGGUGGGCUUCGGGCUCUAUGGCUCCAUCCACGGGCCCACAGACUACCAAGUGAACAUCCAGAUCAUCCACACGGACAGCAACACAGUCCUGGGCCAGAACGACACGGGCUUCAGCUGUGACGGCUCGGCCAGCACCUUCCGGGUCAUGUUCAAGGAGCCGGUGGAGGUGCUGCCCAACGUGAACUACACAGCCUGCGCCACGCUCAAGGGCCCGGACUCCCACUACGGCACCAAAGGCCUGCGCAAGGUGACCCACGAGUCACCCACGACGGGGGCCAAGACCUGCUUCACCUUCUGCUACGCGGCGGGGAACAACAACGGCACGUCAGUGGAGGACGGGCAGAUCCCAGAGGUCAUCUUCUACACCUAGGCCAAGCGCCCCAGGCAUUCUCCACGCGUCCACUCCCUGCCACCGUUCUGAGCAUCCAGAAAGGGUGUCCCUGUGUCCAUGGUGACAGCGUGGCUGGUGUCCACAGCCCCGGUGGCCAUGAGACAAUCCCUCAAACACCGUGGGCUGGGCAGGGCAGUGCCUUCACCAUGGGGCCCACGCUGGGCCAAGGGAGGCAGGCCCGUGGGGGUGGCUGUCCCCACUGUCCCUGCAGCUCAGGGCUGGCGGCCACUCACCCAGGCGGAUCGAGCGGUGUCGUCUCCCGUCUGUCAAGUGCACAUGCAAUGCCUCAGGCCCCUUUCUGAGCUUAAAAGCCCGGGUGAGGGGUCCCACGGGUGCUGAUUGGGGUCUUUCAUUCCUGUCUGCUCACUGGGGACACCGGGGCUUGGCCAGCCAUGUACCUGAGGCCUGGCCUGCAGGGCGUCCCCCUCUCCAAGACACUGGAGACAUGGCGGUGGGACUCUGGUGGGGCUCGGGCCCCAGUGCUGUCCACAAGGGGCCAGCCCCUGUCCAGGUAACAGGUGGUUUGCUGUUUCCGUUCUGGCCCCACCCGUGGGCCAGCGAGGCUGUCAGUGUCCUCUGGACAGUCGCCUUGCACCAGCCCCUGUGGCCAAGCUGGGCCCCAACCCCGUGUGCCUCGAGGGAGAAAACGAGGCCGCCCCCUGAGGCGGGGCGGGACCCCAGCUGGCCUGGUGCGAGUUCCAGAGGCGCUGCCCGCCCCCUGUACAUAAUGUAGCCCCAGCUUGCCACCCCAAGCACCCACGUGACUGCCCCAGUGACUCCCCUGGAACCUGCGUCCUCCCUGAAGCCAUGGAAGGUGUGGCCUCACACCCAUCAUUUUUUAAAAUAAAGGAAAGAAACGCA